CCGCCUGCUUUCGCAAACUCCCACAACUGCAACCGCAUCGUUUAAACCAGUCAAGCCCUAAGGAAUGGAUUUAACAAUGAACUAUCUAGUAUCUCUAAUCUCUACCUAAAAGCAGAAAAAUGAUAAACGCAAGAUGGUCUGCAUUUCAUCUCUGCCCAAUAUUUAACGUAAAAAGGCAAUAACACAUCUGUAAGUAAAGUGAUUGGGACUUACUUACAAAGGGCCGAGUUAAUAAGCCCAUUUUAAGGAAGACUUCCUUUCCUUGUGAAUAUGUAUUCGCCUAUUCGGAUUCGAUUUUGAACCAUUGGUUUUCAUUUUUCGUCCUCUUUCUUCACUUUUCGUCCUCUUUCCUUGUCAUGAUCAUGUGCUCGAGUGUGAUCUCUAUUCUCUAACUGUUGCUAAUGCAUUAGUUUUGAAACUCUGUUAGGGUUUGCAAUUUGGGUAAUUGACACAAGUGAAAGCUGAAUCGUCAUCAUUUCUUAGCUUUAGCCGGAUUCUUGUGUUAGGCUGCGUUUGCGUUUGAAGCUGUUCGUAGUUAUGCAAAAUCUGAAGGUCUUUUUAGCAAAUUGAUACCUCGCCUACAAUGGAACAGAAACUCAAAACCGAUGGUUUAGGAUUGAGUAAUCGAAAUGCUAUGAAUAAGGACAGAAUCAGUGACUUGCCUGAAGCUUUGCUUUUGCAUAUAUUGUCUUCACUUCCGACAGAAAAAGCCAUAGCCACAAGUGUUUUGUCUAAACGUUGGAGAUCUCUUUGGAAGAUGGUGCCAAAACUCAAGUUUGAUUACAAGUUUCAUCCUUUGGCUGAUAUGGAUGCCCAUGUAUUUUCAGAGAAUGUUUACAGGUCUCUGAGUUUACAUAAAGCUCCGGUUCUAGAGAGUUUGCAUUUGACAUUUGAAGGUAGAACUGAUUGUAUGGAUGUUGGAAUAUGGAUUGCAACUGCAUUUGCACGUCGUGUGCGUAAAUUGGUACUGGUUAGUGUCUAUCAUGAGGAGCAGAUAGUCAUUCUUCCGAGUGUUUUGUUUAGCUGUAAUGAUACACUUGAGAUCUUGAAACUCAAGUAUGCUAUUGAUUUAGAGUUUCCUCCUCGGGUUUGUUUGAAGUCCCUUAGAAAGCUGUACCUUUACGAAGUACAAUUCAAAGACGAAGAAUCUGUUUCCAACUUUUUAUGUGGCUGUCCAAGUCUUGAAGAUUUGGUUGUGCAUAGAUAUAGCAAUGCCGAUGUGGAGAAUUUCACUAUUGUGGUGCCAUCAUUACAGAGAUUAACUAUUAAAGAUCUUAACCAAGAAGGAGGUAAUGGAGAUGGAGGCUAUGUGAUAAAUGCCCCUGCUUUGAAAUACUUGGACAUCGACGGGUUUAAAGAACUUGAGUAUUUUUUCAUUGAGGAAGCGCCAGAGCUGGUGGAGGCAAAAAUCAGUGACGUUUCUGAUAUAGCUAAUGAGAACAUUCUGGUGUCUCUAACUUCAGCCAAACGUCUUUCCUUACACUUAUCACCCUUAGAGAUUGAUGGUCUUAAUGGUGAAAUCUUCGAUCAGCUAGUUUAUUUAGAGCUACGUACACAUGAAACAGAGUGGUGGAAUCUGCUUUCGAUCAUGCUCGAUAGUUCUCCUAAAUUACAAAUCCUCAAGCUCACCGAUCUAUAUCUAGGUGUUAAUCAUAAAUUUCCGGACAAAAAGAAAUGGAAUCCACCAGAUUAUGUACCGGAAUGUUUGUUGCUCCAUCUUGAAACAUUCGUCUGGAUAGGAUACAAAUGGCAACGAGAAGAUGAGAAAGAAGUGGCUACGUACAUCCUUAAUAAUGCAAAAUGCUUGAAGAAAGCAACUUUCUCCAAAUUCGGGAAUUCGGAAAAGCUCGAAGAAAAGAGACGUGAGAUGCUCAACGACUUGUCUUCAGAUUCAUGUCACCUCGUCUUAGAAUCAGUGUAGUCUCUUGUACUUUUUUUUACUAUGAUGUUUGGCCAUUGGAAAAGUGUAAAACUCUCAACUUUACUUAGUGAUUGGAUGCUAAAUCUUGGUUACAUUUUGAAGAA